GCCAAGCGGAUGCCUCAGAUGGAUACAUCUGGUUCAACAUUGUGGAUUUAGUGUGGGCCUCGUAAGCACACGAAAACGCAGCGAUAUAUUACGGUUGGCCUGCUGGUGGAGCUCCGUUUUUUGUGUUCAAAGUUUGCAGCGAAACAAACAACAACAACAACAAAGCAGGAAGCUAUGCAAUAGCUUAGCUAACUUAGUUUAGUCGUUAAAUAAUCAAUUGUUCCUACCUCAACUAAUUUGACGAAAUGACAACUGCGUUAUCUAAACAAAGUUUGUUGUUCAUUACAUUUAGUCUUGCUUUGACCAGGUUUUCAUACUGCUCCGUUGCAAAUGCUAACGUCAAUUCAAACAUACCUGCGAUUGCAAAUCAUUUUGGAACGAAAGGCAGAUAUGAGGAGGUUAACCGUUAUCUCAUUAAUGACAUUCUCUCGGUAAACAAAAACAAAUCCAUUUUAAAACCAGGAUGUACCAAUAGCACGGCUUUUCAUGUGACCGCCAUUAUUCGGCAUGGUACACGAUAUCCGUCGACCAAAAAUAUAAAAAUGAUGCAACGGCUUUACGACCUUGUUCUAAACGAGGCAAUGAAUACUGAUAAAUGGCUGAAGGAUAUCAAAACCAAGUGGGAAAUGUGGUACACCGACGACAUGGAUGGAAAGCUUGUGGAGAAGGGGCGAGAUGACCAUAGGCAUCUGGCUGUCAGGUUGGCAACAUUGUUUCCAUCUCUGAUAUCCGAGGAAAACCUCAGAGCCCACCGUAUCCGUUUCAUCACUAGCUCUAAACACAGAUGCGUGGACAGCAUUGUAGCAUUUCAAGAGGGCCUGCUCAACCUUUGGAACGUGACAGAAGUUGGACCCAGCCACAAAAUCAACGAUGGGUUGAUGAGAUUCUUUGACCAGUGUCAGAAAUUUGUUGAAGACGUAGAGAACAACCAAACUGCCCUGGAAGAGGUCCACCUCUUCAAGGCCUCAGCAGAAAUGAAAAGAGUGCAGAUGAAGAUGGCUGACCAGCUGCAAGUGCCAUACAAUCGCAUCACACCAGAUCUGGUGGAGGCUGCAUUCUUCCUGUGCUCAUAUGAGUUUGCCAUCAAAUCUUUGAACUCCGCCUGGUGCAACCUGUUUGAUGAGACUGAUGCCCAAGUGCUGGAGUACAAAAAUGACCUGAAACAGUACUGGAAGAGGGGCUAUGGUCAUGAUAUCAACCGCAAGUCCAGUUGCAAUCUCUUUCAUGACUUGUUCAAUCGUCUUGAUCAGGCUGCUCGUGAGAUCAGGUUUGGGCAUGUAUCUGAGGCUGUGACCAUCCAGGUGGGUCAUGCCGAGACCCUCCUGCCCCUGUUGGCCCUCAUGGGCUUCUUCAGAGACGAGACGGCCCUGACUGCUGACAACUUUGACGUGCAAAAUGGCCGCACCUUCCGUACCAGCCGCAUUGUGCCUUAUGCAGCCAACCUGCUCUUUGUGCUAUAUGACUGCAGCGAAGGACUCCGGCUACAGUUCCUCCUCAACGAGACACCUCAGAACUUCCCCAACAUAAUGCACCAGGCUCCACUCUACGAUACGGUCAGAGAGACCUACAGAGAGCUGCUGCACGGCUGCAAUUUUGAAAAAGAGUGCGAGCUGCCCCGACCCAGCUCCUGAGUUGUGAGCUUGGGGCAUAUGAACGUAAAGGGCUCGGAGGAUUUCAAAUGUCUGUGUCAUGCAAGAGAGGGGUUUUGGCCAAAGCAGUUUCUUUAUUAAUGGUCUAGCUUUUUUGAAGUAAUUCAAGUCAGAGGUUUUACAGAUAUACAGGUUUCACAGAUAGAGUUUACAGGUACACACUUUGUUUUAGGUGUUACUUUUUUUCCCUUUACCUUUUAUUUAACAAGGCAAGUCAGUUAAGAACAAAUUCUUACUUUCAAUGACUGUCUAGGAACUGCCUUGUUCAGGGGCAGAACAACAGAUUUUUACCUUGUCAGCUCGGGGAUUCGAUCUUCCAACCUUUCAGUUACUAGUCCAACGCUCUGACCACUAGGCUACCUGACUUUAGCAUAUGAGUUAUGAUUGCUUUCUUUUCCAGGGUCAGAAUCCAGGGUCUUCAUUGAGCACUCUUUUUAGAGGCGUGGGAGCUUUAUAUUUAUGUAAUUUCACGAUUUUGUAUUGAUUUAUAUUAUAACAUAUUUUUUUAUGCAUACUGCCUUUGUUUGCAGUAUGCAUUUUCCAAAAGCAGAAAGAAACACCUUGUAAAAUGGUAUGUCUGCCACUGGAUACAGUGAGCUAUUUAAGUAUUAGGACAUUGACAUUUUUGUUGUUUUGUCUCUGUUCUCCAGCACUUUGGAUUUUAACUCAUACAAUGAUUGAGGUUAAAAGUGUAGACUGUUAGCUUUAAUUUGACAGUAUUUUCAUCCAUAUCAGGUGAAGUGUUUAGAAAUUACAGCACUUUUGGGGGGGGGUUUGGACUUGAAGUGAUUCAAUGACUGAGGUUUGUGUGGACUGUCAGAUUUUAAUUAGGGUAUUUUCAUCCAUAUCAGGUGAACCAUUUUAGAAAUUGUUCAUAAACACUUCUACAAAUGAUAACCUCCCCUGUUUUAUUGUAAUGGGGGGGUUAGCAUGUCUUGGGUAUGAUAUUUGUGCUUCUGUCUCACUCAUUGUUUUUCAAGAUUCAUUCAGGACUAUCCAUUGUCAUGGUAGCAUCCACAUUCAUGUGGAAGUGUUUACAAACAUAUUCUAUUAUUUACAAUAAGUGUCUCCAAAUUCAAACAAUUCCAAAUGUAACAUUCAUUUCUAUUGGGCACAAAAUAAUCUGAAACACAACCAAACAGAAAAUGCAUUCAACAGGUUUGUAGAGUCACAAGCUUGAUGUAAUUAUUGCACAAGCAAUUUGCUACACUUGCAAUAACAUCUGCUAACCAUGUGUAUGUGACCAAUAAAAUUUGAUUUGAUCAUUGCAUGCUUGGAAUAUGAGACCAAAUACUAAACCUUUUGACUACUUUAAUAUGCAUAAGUGAAUUUGUGCUAAUACUUUUGGUCUCCUAAAAUGGGGGGGGACUAAGUUUUAAAAAUUUAAUAAAAAUGUAAGUGCUGUAAUUUCUAAAUGGUUCACCAGAUAUGGAUGAAAAAAUACCCUGAAAAUUAAAAAUGACAGUCUCCACUUUAACCUCACUUAUUGUAUCAAAACGUGUCACUAACCAGGUUUCCAUCCAACCUUUUUAUGCAAGUAAAGUACAUGUCGGAUAAAACAUGUAAUGACAGGCCUGAUGGAGACAGCAUGUUUAGGUAAACUUAACAAAUGUCGACCAAACAAAAUACCCUAGACAAGGUGGGAUAUUUUUGUGCCGGUAAAAUUCUUUAUACGAGAAAAGUCGGUGGAAACCCUUUUAUGCGCAAAUAUUGAUAUAAUAACCAUAUCGAAGAUAAUUUGGGAGUCACGCGACGACGUUGUGUGGUCCUCCCACUAAGACUACGGUAAAGCAUGCAGUUUAUUAGGCUACAGAUGAAUACAUUAUGGACUUCACUGGGUGACGAAAAUGCAAGGCGAUGAGCUUGAUGCACCUUUCCAAUAAAUGUCGAGGGUCUUAUUCUGGUGACAUAAUCUAUUCUUUACUGUUGUUUGACAAAUACAAAAUGAUCUAUUUUGUUAAUAAUAGUACUCUCAACAUGUGUGCUAUAGUGCGUUCUAGCCAACACCGUGAAGCACGUUCCAAUACUGGGUACACUCGCAUUGUUUUGGUAAGAACCACCAGUAGAGUUGAAAAUGCGACGGUAACCCAUUUAACGUAUUUUUUUUUAUUUGUUACGUGGCAAUUUAACGCAAAAUGUAUUUUAUGUGCACUACGUCAUCACGCACAGCCAUUUAUAUGUAACAAGUCAAUUUGAUAAACACAACUGGAGGGAAAAGGCGCUUUUUUGUUUUUAUGUGGAUUUUAGAAUAUUCUCAUCUGUCGUCAAUUGGAUGGAAACCUUGAUUACUGUCCCAAUACUGUUGAAGCUCACUGUAUAUGCAUUGGGUUGGGUUUCCUUGCUGAAAAUGACCCUUUGCAAUGUUGUUUUUUUUGCUCAAUAAUAUGAGUAUUUGUGUGGGCUGAUUUAUAUUUAUACUCAUUUUUUGAAACAUUUAUUCCAAAAUUGCCCUUUUUUUGUUUCAAACAUUAUUGGGACUGCUUUGUGAACAAUACGUUUUUAAAUUAGGGGUUACUUUACCGGAGUUAUUUUACUUAUUUUCUACAUUGUCAUAUGAUUUGCGUUGAAAUAUUUAAGAUGAAAGUAAAUGCCUUGAGUUUUUCUUUUGUUUUCUUUUGACAUGUUUUAUUCUGCAUCAAAUACAAAUUUAGCAACCAAUUUCAAAAUCAGUAAAUUGUCUACUAACGUUCAAAUGUUCCAUGACAAACAGUGAUUAUUUGUAAAUGAAAAUACAAUUAUAAAUCUUCAAAUGCCA